AUGGCCAGUAAUGUCGACGUCCUGACCAGGGCGCAUACUGCACUCAAGGCCAAAGCGCGUGCAAAGAAGAAUCAGAUUGAUUCCGUAGUCUUCGACGACGAUGCUCGGGUGGAAUUCUUGACUGGCUUUCACAAGAGGAAAUUACAGAAGAAAGAGGCAGCGAAGAGCAAAGCUAAGGAGCGUGAGCGACAACAACGCCUUCAAGCAAGGAAGGAACAGCGUCAAGCCUUGAGAGAAAAGGCUCAAGAAAAUGCACGACAAAUAGAAAGUGCACUGAAACAAGACGUUAAUGAAUCAAGUGAUGAAGAAACUAAUAAAUUGCCACAAUCCCGCAAGGGAAAAGGAAAAGCAACCCAGGAAUUCGAAGACGAAGAGCAAUUGGCGACUGUCACCAUUGUAGAGGAAUUUGAUCCGGAUACUUUGCGGCACAUGUCUUCAACGGCUCAAAAUAAACCAGGCUCAUUGUCUUCAGCGUCCGAAUCACGCGUAGAUACCCGUAUAGAUUCGCAAUCCAGGCCACCUCCUAAGAAAGCGAAAGUUCAACCAAAGAGAACUCCAUACGAAACCAAAGCAGCGCGGAAGGCAGCUCGCGUGAAACAGCACUCCAGGAAGUUGGAGAAGGCGAAUCUUGCCUCUAGGAACGCACGACGAAAGGAAGGUGGGAAAGGUGGGAAGGGAGGCCAGAGAAGCAAAAAAUAG